AUUAUUGCGUAACUUCAACAAUAAUAACAUGAAUUCAAACCAUCUUUUUAAAUUCGAUAGCGAAAAUUAAAUUAAUUAAAACAACAAAGAGAAGAUGAAAUUAGCAACGAAACGACAGUUGUUAAAACACGCUAUGGGUAACAACUACUUGUAAUUUACAAUGUCAUUGUUUAUUGCUCCCAUAUUUAAUGUUUGCACGACUAAUUGUUUGUUUUACCUUGAAACAUAAAUUAGGUCAUCAAGUAUUCACAUGUGACCAUAUAUAGUUAAACAUUAAACAAGUUAUUUGGGGUCGUGGUGACUUGAGUUCCAUGCUAUUAAUGUUAACACACCAAGUUUUCGUAAGCAGAACAAAAGUAAAUAUAUGAUUUACGACAUUAUAUGUUGGGGUAAUAUGGAUGGGAAUAUAAUUAUACACACGAUACAGAGAAAUAAUGAGAUAUAUAGUUUUACAGACAAUUAAAUAAAAGGUACGUUUAUUACAGACAAUUACCCGCAGAAGAUUUGGUGAAAGUUGCUUUGAAACUUCAGGUUCAAGCUUUACCAUCAGCCGAUAUUUUCAACAUGGUUGAACCGUUCCGCGUCACAAUUGAUGGGGCAGAGUUUGCUACAGACCCGAUGUCAAUGUUUGCGGGAGGAGUUUGGAACAAAGAUAAACAAAUUAUAAUCGGAACAAACGCGGAUGAAAUGUCAUUUGUUGACGCUUAUAUACCAGAGGCAUUCCCGAUGCCGUUCAAAGUGUUUGAAAAAUUCAACAAGUUUGUGUUUGGUGAUGAACUUGGCCAAGAAGUGGCCAACGCAUACAAACUACCCGGGGUCGGCGGGGAUUAUAAACAUACGCUUGGAAUCGAAAUCGCUGAUCUGUUUUUCCAUUGUCCUGUAAGAAUGAUGGCCAGGUUGGCUUCAUCCACCACCCCAACGUACAUGUAUUCGUUCGCUCACGGGAUGAAUGGAAGUACGUGCGCGGAGGCGUGGGGGGGUGAGGAAUUGUGUGGGACGGUGUUUCAUGGAUCCGAGAACUCAUUUUUGUUCAGGACAUCACCAUUGAUCGAGUACAAUGCAACAUCUGAGGAUAACUACGUGUCCGAUGAGUUUAGUUUUUAUUGGGGAAACUUUGCCCACUCUGGUGACCCAACAAUGGGAGGUGUGAUGUCACAAACCUUCCCAGCGUGGCCACAAUAUACAGCAGAGGAUAUUUUGGUGCAGGGUGCUAAAAUAGUGUCCAAGUUUAGUGCAGGGUACACAAAUAUCAAACUUGACUAUCCCGACCCCUCCCUUGAGAAUGAAUACAACAAAGAAAUGUGCGACUUCUGGGACAACACUGGGUAUUAUUCUCCAACCACUUUCACUACUAUUGUACCUCCUGACGUCACAACUACCCCGCCUAGUGACGUCACAACUACCCUGCCCGGUGACGUCACAACGACUUCCCAUAAUGACAUCACAACCACCACUGUCCUUCCUGCCCAACCAGAGAAGACUACGUCAGGCGGGAAAAGUAGUUUUAUGACGUCACAGAUGAGCUUGAUGAUUUGUUUUGUUACGUCACUGUUCAUUGUCUAAAAAUUCCAGCAUGAUCGGUAAUAUCUCUUUAUUAAUUUAAAAAUAUGAUCAUUUACAAAAUAAAGGCAAAUAUGACGUCAACAAUGGUUCUUGUAAAUUUAUUGUUGACUGAUUAUGACAUCACAAA